AGAAGCAGGGCAGAAAAGAGCUCAGUGAGGAGAGGGUGGGGUAAUGAGGGGAUGUUUUCCUGAGGUCAGCACACUCUUGGGAAGGGUCACAGUGGGGACAGAAGAAGAGUAAGUCAGAGUUCAGAACACUGAAGAAAGGAGAAGUUUAGUAUUUGGUGAAGCUCACAAGCCCUUACUUCUGUCAGCUGAGGGAAAUAAAUACUUCUAAUCUUUUAUCAAGCAAAGCAUAGGAACUGAAAGAUGUCCUAAGUCACCUGUCAUGAGCUUAAACGAGACAUGAGGCUUGCUUCCCUGAGUCACCUGGGGAAGAGAGACUCUUUGCAGUAUUAUCUGUUCCAGACACAAAAAGACCACAGCAAAGGCUCAGCCAUGGCCACAGGAGAACACACCCAUGAUGAACAUCUCCUGAAAGAUGAAAGGAAGCAAGAUCUCCAAGAGAGGCUGAGAGCAGUGGGGCUGGCUGCUGAGUACUGGUUACCAAAGCUGCAGGAACACCUGGGUGUGACCUGUGCCCAGGCCUUACAACACCUCGAGGAAGAGGACCUCCAGAAGCUGAAAUCCCAGGCACAACAUCCAUGGGAAACAAGGGCCCUGGAGAAGCUGCUGCACCUGUCACAGUCAGGUCUUUCAGGGUCAAAGCAGACUCCUGUGGAACUAAUGAACCAAAAACAGAUGCAGGCAGAAGAGGCCUUACAGGAGCUACAAAGCUUGCUGUCAGAAGGGAAGCAGCGACAAGAAGAGUUGGUGCACAGAAAGGAAGAGGAGCUGAGGCAAGCAAUGGAGAUACCCGAGGAGUACUGGCCACCACCUGAAAAGCCCCUUCAGGAGGUCUUGGACAACAUGCAGAGACAGCUCAAGCUCACAGAGGGGACCCUGAUGACAAGACAAAACCUUCCAGACAGAGAUCUGGUGAGAUGGGCAUCUGGAGGACUGGCCCUGAAGGGCAUUUACAAAACCAGCCAGCAAAUGCAACUGCUAGACAGAAAAGAGGAACUACUCGCUGUGCCUGAGAAAUUCUCAUUCUUUGGCCCUGAGCAGGGCACAUGGAUGGAAACAGUUGAAUUCACCUCUCAUGAAGCAGAGUCCAUGUUCACCCAGAGUAUAGAGAAGCUGGGCUUCAGCUCAGUUGCAUCAGCUAAGGGUGGAGGCUGGGGGUUUAGUCUAGAAGCUGGUAUGGAUCAGAACAAACACUCAGAAUCCAAGGAAACCAAACAAUCACAUUCUGAGCACUCUUAUUACUGCUCAGCCAAGUUCAGCUAUGUCCCCCUGGCCUCCUGUCACUUCUCCAUGGAUCAGCUCCGAUUAUCCAUGGCUGCUCUACGGGAUCUAAAGUGCAUUGAAGAACUCCUGGAUCACACCUCAGGCCCAGACAAACUCUACAUGCUGAGGCACAGGACAGAAAACUUCUUCCACAGGUUUGGCUCUCAUGCUAACCAAGGCCCUCUGCACCUGGGAGGAAUCUUUUGGUGGAAGGCCAUUUCUGAGGGUUUCCAGAGUGAGCAACUGGCAGAAGUGAAGCAGCAGUCAGCAGAGGCCCUGGAUGCUUACAUCAGGGGCAGCUACAGUGGCUUUGGAGUGAAUGUUGCUGCAGGUGGGAAUGUGUCCAACACUCAUGCAAAAGCAGACUCUCAGAGAAGAGCUUCCCAAAAUCUCCAAGCCAAAGUGCAACUGUCUAUGGCCCAGACAGGUGGCCCACCAGAAGCAGAUGGAUUUAUGCAAUGGAAAGCUGGCCUUGUUGUCAAUAACCAAACGUGGUGUGUCAUUGACCGGGGACAUAAACUAGUGCCCAUUUGGGACAUUAUCAUCUCUAGCCACAAAAGUGAUUUUAAAAAUGCCGUUCAGGUGGCUAAGUGCCUAAAAGACACCUAUGCUACUGUGACAAGCCUCAAUGCCCAGAUCCAGCAUGGGGAGGAACCACUGAGUAUUGUGAAGGAAGUUCAAGAUUUCUUAGAGGAUGUGAAAUCCUGGGAAGUAUCAGAUCCUGAAGAGCAGCUUCAAAAUUUAAUAAAUUUCAUGCAGAUUUUGAACCAGAAAAUGAAAGGUUAUGAUACAUGGAUUAACAUGUGUCUUACAAAUAGUGAUCUGCAGAAUUUUCUAGUAAAAACGGUCAAUUUUUGCAAGCAGUUGUCCAAUUACCAAACUAAAUUUAUUAAAUCUCAGUUGCGCAGUCUUCUGGAUCCUCACAUCUAUAAAGUGAAAAACUUUCCUGAGGCUCACUCCAUCAAGCCGUGGAUCUUUCAAGCAGAGACAGAACCAGAGCAACUUAAUGUCACUGAAUUUCCUGAAUUAGUUAACAUCUUAAGAAAAACCUACAAUGAACUCAUGGACCUGCAGAUGAAAUCUGAGUCCCCAGAGUCAAUAGAAGAAGCUCAAAGAAAGGCCAAUUAUGGAACCAGCUUGGCCCUCAGCUCCUUCUUCAAUUACCUGCAAAAAUCAGGCCAGACAGACACACACCUCUUGCUACUUUCCAUUGCAACUGGUGCAGGAUAUCAGGUGGCAAACAACACUUUCCGGUAUCUAGGGAGUGAUGAACUAUUCUAUCUACUUAAGGUAAUGCAUACUGCUCACAAUAAAUACCAGGAACUCUUAAGUAUUUUCAAUUACAGGGCUCAGGCAUUUCUGAUACUCACGGGUCUGACAGCCACAGUUGGAGUCACAGCUGUUUCUCUGGAAGACAAAAGACAACGCAUGGCAUUAAUGAAAAAACACAUGGGACAAUCAUGGUCUAAAGAGGUAAUCCAUGUCCUAGGCAAAUGCAGAGCAGAUCAUGAUUGGGAUUCUCUGGAGAAAGACCUGAAAUUGCUUAUUGACGGGAAUUAUGAAGCCACCAUGUCUUCUUUGCCAAUGGACAAAGUCAAAAGGCAGCUGGAAAGUCUCUUCCAUGGAAAGAAACAACUCCAUAAACUACAUGAAAAUGAAAAUACCAAAAGGGAGGUCAUAGACAAUGGGCCCUUCCUAGACCUACUGAAACGCCUAGGCUUAGAACAGUACUACCCAAAACAGAUGAGCAAAGCUAACUUCCAUGUGAUCUAUAAGACUUUUGUGUACAACACCCAGCCCACUUCUGAACAUCAGCUUCCCUUUUAUUUCCUGCAGAAGCUGCUAAUGUUGGAUUAUGGCCUUAGACACUUGGCCAUCAAAGAUGAGAGAGACAGAGAACACAACUUAGACUCAGAAGCCUCCAAUCAGGAUAAUGGACACUCUGAUUCAUAUGAAGACUUUUUUGAAGUUACUUCUAGUUCCACUAAACAUUCAUAUACAAGACAAUCCCAGCCCACCAAGCCCCACAUUCACCCAAUGGAUAUUCAGAUGGCAAUUUUUCAUUGUGCAGAUGAUUUUGCCAGACAAUAUAUUUUAGCCAAACUUGCCAUUUGCCAAUUUGCCCUCCCUCUUGUAGUGCCUAAUCCUUGCAAUUCUCAGAUUGAGUUCUCCCUCUGGUCUCUCAGGAAAAUCAGGAGAAGUUGGCAGCAAGUUAGUAAAUCAGCAGGUGGGAAAAAGAACAAUUUCAGGAAUCAACAGAUGUGCCGUGUCUCUACACCCAUUGUGUCUUUCAUCAGAGUUGGGGAUGACUUCUCUGCUUCCAAAUCUCAAAUUAUGAACUGUCUUCUUGAUAAAAGUAAGAAUAAUAUGUUUUUUCACCGCCACUGCAGAGGAAGCACAAAAGACUGUCUCUUGAUGGAGGGUGUAGUGGAAGUCAGCUGGUUCUGUCCUGGGGGUGAUAAUAGGGACAGAUUUGACAGCUGUGUGACCUUCACCAAUCUUCAUGGAGAUGCAAAGGAACAUAAGCGGCAGCUCACCUUCCUGCAGGAAAUCUCUUCUCUCAUCGUGGUCCUCAUGUCAGUUUCCAAUAACAAUGAAGAAAAUGACAAGCUUGUUCGUGACAUAUACAAUUCACCAAAACCUUUGAUCUUCUUGCUUGAUGACAAAGAAAAAACCAUGGCCAAAAGUUCUGGUAAGAGAGUGGGAAUUGGCAUCAGGAAUAGAAAUGAGGCAGAAUUAACAGAGGAGAUCACAACUGCAAUCAGGUAUUUGUUAAAGUCCUCUGACACUUCUCUCACCAUAGAAGACUGUUCCCAGAUUGCUCGCCAGCAAGGAUUCCUUAUUGAUGAAGACCAGAGAGACUGCAAAGAAGCCAAAGAAAAGGCAGACACUCUAAUGGCCCUCCUGUCAGAAACAGAGUUAUCUCAUGUGAAGGAAAACUUGCUGCCCCUUCAGGGACAAUUGUGGCACCUGUGGUGUAGCAAGGACAAAGAGCUCUACCAUCUGAAAGAAAAGGGGAAUCGGAGCAUUGAGCAACACAAGAGUGAUAUUGAGACAGAGAAACAACAGAUACGGAAACAGCAGUUGACCAGAGCCUUUCCUCUCAAUGACUUAAUGAGAUCUGUUCUUGAAAUUCUUCAAGGAAAUUCAGAAACUCACACCAAGCUCUACUUUUUACAGUGGUUGAGUGUGUUUUUGGAUAAUCUGACUGCAGAACACUUAGAACAGCUGCAUGAGAAGCAAAGAUCAUUGUGGCAAAAGGUACAAGAGGAGAAGAACAACAAGGCAAAGGUCAGUUCUCUGAAAGACUUGCAAAGUCAGAUAGAGGACAUUUCCUCAGAGAUUGAUAACUGCACCCUUGGAGUUGAGCACCUUCUCAGAGAAGUUGGCCAAAUCUAUGAAGCUCUGGAAGAAUCAUCCUCCAAAAAAGAGAAUCUAUUUCUUCAUCUUCCUGAAAUUGCGGCAGAACUGAUGAUAUGUGGUGUUUCCAUUGAACUGAUGGAUGGUGAUGCUUCGUAUGUGCCUCUAAAGUGGGUGGCAGCUGUUUUUGACAAGCUUGCUGAGAAACUUGGAGACAAAAAGCUGUUUGUUCUCUCUAUCCUGGGCCUGCAGAGCUCAGGCAAGUCCACUCUGCUGAAUACCCUCUUUGGGCUACAGUUCACUGUCAGUGCAGGCAGGUGUACCCGGGGGGCCUAUAUGCAGCUCCUGAAGGUGGAGGAGACAUUCACAGGGGAUCUUGGCUUUGACUUUGUGCUUGUUGUGGAUACUGAAGGUCUCCGAGCCCCAGAACUCAGCAAUAAAUCCAAGAAUAAGGACAACGAGUUGGCAACCUUUGUCAUUGGACUUGGUAAUUUGACUCUCAUCAAUAUUUUUGGAGAGAACCCAUCAGAGAUGCAGGAUAUCCUACAGAUAGUUGUCCAAGCCUUUCUGAGGAUGAAACAGGUGAAAAUCUCACCAAGUUGCAUAUUUGUCCAUCAGAAUGUGGGGGAAGUUACUGCUGAAGACCAAUUGAUGGAAGCACGUAGGAGACUAGUACAGAGACUAGAUGAAAUGGCAAAAUUAGCAGCAGAACAUGAACAGUGCUCAGACAUCACCCGCUUCAGUGAUGUCAUUAAGUUUGAUGUCAACACUCAAGUCUACUACUUUGCUCACCUCUGGGAUGGCAAUCCUCCAAUGGCCCCACCCAAUCCUCGCUACAGCCUCAAUGUCCAGGAACUGAAAAGUGGAAUUCUCAGGAUUGCAAAACAGGAAUCCAAGGGAAGCAUCAUGAAGAUAUCAGAUGUAAAAUCACAUGUUCAGGAUCUGUGGAAAGCUCUGGUGAGUGAGAACUUUAUUUUCAGUUUCAGGAACACCCAAGAGAUCAUGGCCAUGAGCAAACUGGAAACCAUGUAUUACCAGUGGACCUGGCAACUGAGGAGUCAUGUGCUGGAACUGCAGAACCAGCUGACCAACCAGAUUAAGAAUGGGAAAAUCCAGAGACUCAGCAUAAGCACAGUUGAGGCUCCAGUUACAGAAAAAUAUGAAGCUGUCAAGCAAGAAUUUAAAAAAUUUUUAAAAGAAGAUAAAGAUAGUGAAAUAUUAAUUCAAUGGAAAGCAAAUUUUGAGCAUAAACUCCUCAUGCUUAAAGAGACACUUGUUGCAGAAUGCAGAAGAAAAGCUGAUGAACUUAUUAGUUUUAAAAAAAGUCAAGAAAGGCUGGAUAAGAAAAAAACAGACUAUGAAAGAGAAUUGCUGGAAAAGAGUAGGAAGUUGGCUUUAGACAUAAAGGAUAAAGAGUUAAGUGAGGAAGAACUACAGGAGAAAUUUAAUCAACUUUGGACAAAAUGGGUCUGUGAUGUGUCCUCAAAUAUCCCUCAAGUUGAAGAGCCUAAAAUUAAGCCGGAUUAUGAAGGAACCCUGUUGGAUUAUUUCAAAAGUGAUAAUAACUAUGUGGUGGAGGCACUGAAGAAAAGUUCCACAGAGAAUUUUCAAAUUGAUUACCCCACACAUGUUAAAAUGAGUAAGACACUUCACAUUAUCCCAAAGCACUUAGAGCCCCGUGAUGAAGAAUCUAUUAAAGUGACUACUAACCACAUCUUUAGAAAAUUUGAGGAAACUAUUGACCACAUUCGCUUGCAACGGCGUGAUUAUGAUUGCAGUGACUUCCAUGAAAUCCUAAAAAUAAUAGAAGAGGAAGUGAAAUCUGCACGCACAGAAGAAAGAUAUUCAUUUACAAACAAAUAUAAGAUUGACAUUUCUUUGUGUUUAUUUAGAAGAGCUUCACAGUGUUUUAAGGAAAUACACAGUGCAUUCAAGAAAGCAAAUGACCCUGUUAACUAUUUGGAGUCUAAGAAAGAUGAUUUCUUCAUGAGUUUUAAAAUCUCCUGCCAAGGAGCAACUUCUACCAAAGCAUUUGUUGAUUUUCUGUGGAACAAGCUCUCUCCAGCUGUGUCCACCACCAUAAGGCAAAAAACAGUCCCUAAAAUUGCUGGGGAUAUGAGAAAUACUUGCCCUGAAUUCAAUGGAAACAGAUCUAACUUGGAGAAACACAUUCUUAUCUUUCUGGCAGAGGAAGAGAACUUUGAAAAGUACUGGCAAUAUAUUCAUGAUCCAAAAUCAUUUUUCAGGAGUUACAUUGAAACGCGAGUUAGAAAGUACUGUUUCGGAUCAGGAGCUCAAAAUAUACAGGAUAGUUUAAAGCAAAGUUUAGAUUAUAUCAAGAAUGUCCUGCUCUCUGCUAUUCAUAAAUCCACAGAAGAAGUUAAAGAAGAAAGCAGCACUGCCUCUGAGUGGCUGGAUUUGUUCUGUGGUCACCUGGCGAGCUGUCUCACCUUUCCACGAAGUGACUUGGUAAGCAUUGAACACCAGGAGAUUAAAGACAUGCAGUUUCUCAAGCAUGCCAUGAGUGCAGCUUUGGAUCCUGCAAUAAAGAUAGUUGAACAAAAUUGUUUGAGUCAGCCUGUAGAUGAAAUGGUUCCUGUGAUUGAGAAAAUACUUUCUGAACACCUGUGUGGCUGCUGGAAACAGUGUCCAUUCUGCAAAGCCAUCUGCACAAACACAAUACCUGAACAUGAUGGAGACCACAGUGUUCCUUUCCACCGUUCUAAGGCAGUCGAUGGCUGGCACAUCUAUUUCACUUCCAUAUUUGCCAUUGAUUGCUGUACUACCAGUGUGGCAAGUGACCGCUCAUUUAUUUCACAUGAUGGUCGGAGCUACCCAUACAAGAACUACCGACAGGCAGGAGGGGAUUUUGCCACAUGGAGCAUCACUCCAGAUUCAUCCACCCAGCCCUAUUGGAAGUGGUUUGUCUCUCACUUCAGAUCAAAUCUAGAAAAGAAAUAUAACUAUAAAUUUAGAGGUUUAGGUCAAAUCCCUGAUGCAUGGGCCAGAAUCACAAAGCAGCAAGUGCUUGAUGACUUGAAAAAACAGUAAUACUUUUGUAGUCACAAGAGUCCCAGCAUCUAUCUACCUGAAGAAAUGCAAAAUUCCUCCUCACAGUAAGAACUACACUCCUGCCAUUUUCAAAAUACAUGCUGCAAAUAAAAGUCAAUUCAUCUGUUUAGGAAUUACAGAUUUCCUUUGAAAGGAUUUUAUUUCUCUGUGCUUCAACUCCCUCUGAUUUAAAACAAACUGUAAAAUACACAAACACAGAAUAAAAUCAAUAUCAUCCACUUCAACACCUAUUCAUGAAGCUUGCGCAGUGAUAUAAUAGGCUAUGCUUUCAGGGUCUGCAUCCCAUACGGAUGCAAGUUCACAUCUUGGUUGUUCCACUUCCAUUCCAGUUCACUGCUCUGACCUGGGAGAGCAGCAGAAGAUGGCUCGAGUCUUUGGGCCCAUGGAUCUAUGUGGCAGACCCAAAAAAAGCUC